UUGAAACAGAGCAAGCGAAACGCAGAGCGCCAGUAAGCCAAUUCAAAAUCCUUCUCUCCUCUCUUUCUCACUCUCUCACACACACACACACAGCACAGUUCUUCAAUGGACGUCUUCUCCCUGUAAUCCUGGUUUGCAAUGUUUCUGCAAAUAUUUAUUGAAAAUCGGAAAUGCUUGAGUGCUUAAUCGAUGGAAGGGGAGCCUGACCUGCCGGCCCCAGCAGCGGAAGCGAAGUUCUUCAAGCCCAAUCCGAGCCAUCCGAUCAACAUCAACCCGGACUCCAUUUAUCUCAGCCGUUCGUUCAAUACCACCUCCACCUGCACCUCGACUGCGUCGUCCUCAUCGUCUUCCCCUCCGGACUUGGUCCGGCAGUUUCAAGCUGCCUUUAAGCGACAUCGUCCCAUUGGUAUGAUGCAGUUAAAUGGCAUUAAGCCAAGGAGAAUGUUGGUUCCUCAACAAGAAACUUCAAAAGAAUCAAAUAUGAAGCCUCAUUCAGCAAUUGAUGCCAAGAAAAGCAAAGAGGAUAUUCAGCAGGGUCACAGGUUGAUGGGCUCCAUUCGUGAGUCCAAGACCACGGUCUCUAUUACUGGAGACAAUCAGGAGGAUGCAUCAAUUACUCCACCUUCAGAAUGGGGUACAACUGUAAAUGCACAUGAGGAAAAUUUGCCGUGCAAUAAUCAGAGAGAUCAACCUGGACUUUCUAUCAGGUCUGGGGUCAAUGAUGCAGUUGCUUCAUCAGGUGUUAAGCCUGAGAAGGUUCUGGCAGAAGUACGAAGGAAGGUUCAUUUUUCCACCGAAAAGAUUGCCAAAUCUCACGGGGCCCAUGAUCGAAUGGCCACUCGAACAGAUGAUUUGUUAUCUCAUAUGGAUUCACUUGCAUUGACAGAAAUGGAAUGGGAUGUGGGCAAUCAAGUGGAUAUUUCAGCAGCUGCCAAUCGAGAUUGGCAGCAUCAUAAUUUUCAAAGGAUGGAAAUAGAUAGCAGGUCCGAGGGCGGAAUUUCUUCUUUGUUGACCAGAAGAGCAAUGGGUUUUCAGGAUCAGCUCCACCAGUUUGGAAACUUCUUGCAGAAUGAUCUGAGUAAUGCCAUGACUCAAUCACCAGUUGUUGGGUCUUCUUGUGUUACUUCAACACUUAUAAACUCGACCGCUGCUCCUAUGAUUAGUUCAACUACCUAUUGCUCGCGACCUCCAACAGAUGUUGCUCAUUUGGGCACAGAGCCUGCUGGAGAAGCUGAAGUGCAACUGGAUAUUGUGCAGCCAUCACAUGCAUUAUCCAAGCAAGGUGGUGGAGUGUUAUCUCAUCAGUUGGCUGCAACAUCAGAAGCUAUCAGCUCAAUUGCUGCAACACCGAUGGAAGUCAAUAGAUCUUCUGGCCCAUCUAAGGAGCUGCAGAGUAGUUUGCCACAGGAUCAUAAUACUGCUAAAGAUUCUUCUCAUGAAGGCAACAAUUUAGUCAAAGGAAAUGCUAAUGAUAUAAAAUCCCAACCUCCAUCAUCAAAGGUACCUCAAUCAGAUGUAAAGAUGGAAAAUUCCAAGUCGGAGAAACAAGAAAGAGGUGCUAGUGGUAAAGCAACAUCAACAUCUCGUAAAAAAGGUUAUGACCCUGAUUUGUUUUUCAAAGUUAAUGGAAAGCUCUACCAAAGACUUGGCAAGAUAGGUAGUGGUGGAAGUAGUGAGGUUCACAAAGUCAUAUCAUCAGAUUGCACGAUUUAUGCCUUGAAAAAGAUAAAACUUAGAGGCCGUGACUAUUCCACAGCAUAUGGAUUCUGCCAAGAAAUCGAAUACUUAAACAGGCUGAGAGGGAAGAACAACAUUAUUCAGCUUAUUGAUUAUGAGGUGACAGAUAAGACUUUACUUCAGGAAGUGAUGAAUGGUACCAUGAGUAUUAAGGAUGGCAGGGUCAAGGAUGAUGCAUGUAUAUACAUGGUACUUGAAUAUGGAGAAAUCGAUUUAGCCCACAUGCUGGCUCAGAAAUGGAAGGAACUGGAUCGUUCUAAUGCAACCAUAGAUGAGAGCUGGCUCCGAUUUUAUUGGCAGCAAAUACUUCUCGCAGUAAACACCAUUCAUGAGGAACGUAUUGUGCACUCUGAUCUGAAGCCAGCUAAUUUUCUUUUGGUGAGAGGUUCACUAAAACUAAUUGAUUUUGGAAUCGCCAAGGCUAUAAUGAGUGACACAACAAACAUUCAGCGGGACUCACAGGUUGGAACACUAAGUUACAUGUCUCCUGAAGCAUUCAUGUGCAAUGAGACCGAUGCUAAUGGGAACAUGAUAAAAUGUGGUCGUCCAUCUGAUAUCUGGUCUCUCGGUUGCAUACUUUACCAAAUGGUUUAUGGGCGAACUCCCUUUUCAGAGUAUAAAACUUUCUGGGCCAAAUUCAAAGUCAUAACAGAUCCUAACCAUGAGAUUAUAUAUGAAACCGUGUCCAACCCCUGGCUUUUGGAUCUUAUGAAGAAAUGCCUUGCUUGGGACCGGAAUGAAAGAUGGAGGAUUCCUCAACUUCUCCAACAUCCUUUUCUUGUUCCUCCAGUUCCACCUGAAUUGCCUACUGCAACUGAUCAAAUCUGUACAUUGUUUCAACUAAUUGCUGAAUCAAGUGCAGAAGAUCAGAAGGUGUUGAAUCAAGUGCAGAAGAUCAGAUCAGUGGUACAAUCUGAGUCAUCUAUCUCAAGAGAUCAAUUGCGCAAAUUUCUAUCAAGUUUCAACUGUUUGUUUUCAGCUCCAGGAACAAUUAGCGAGCUUAUGAAGAGACAAAAACAUUGAUUGUUAAACAGAAAAGAUUUGGAGGUGUUCAUUCACCGAAUCUCUAUCAUUGUAUUUUGUGAUUUUGUGUGGAAAUACAUUGACCUCUAUUAUAUUA